GAUUAAACAAACAGUAUGGAAAAAAGAGGGGUUCCCUGGCUUAUCUUGAACAUUAUCCUGGUUGUAUAUAAGUGGGUAAUGAAAAGAACAAGAGCAACACAAUUCCCUCUCGCCAAAAGCAAAUCACAGCAUCUGACUUUCAGAGCUCUUUAAUUUAAAUCUUCCUCUUUAAGUUCUCUCAAACAAUUUCAAGAUGUUGAAAACUACUUCUCUUUUGUCUCGUCGCUUCCUUUUGUCCAGCCAAGAUGUCAGAAAAAUUGGAACAGCCGCUGAAGUGGCCCGCCAAAGGAGAUCCUUGCAGGGCCGUGUAGCGGUCAUCACCGCAUCCACCGACGGAAUUGGGUUCGCCAUGGCCCAGCGUUUGGCCGUCGAUGGAGCUCACGUUGUCAUUAGUAGCCGCAACCAGAAAAAUGUCGACGAAGCUCUUGCCAAAUUGAAAAGCGAAGGACUGUCCGCUUCGGGAAUGGUUUGUCACGCCGGUGUCAAGGAAGAUCGGACUAGGCUCCUCGAAAAGACAACGGCCGAAUUUGGCGGAUUUGAUAUUUUGAUUUCCAACGCCGCCGUGAAUCCUGAUUCAGGCCGUCUGAUGAAAUGCACUGAGGAAGUUUGGGAUAAGAUUUUCGACACCAACGUCAAAUCUUCUUUCUUCUUGGCUAAAGAAGCUCUUCCGCACAUGGAAAAGAGAGGCAAAGCCUCCAUUAUGUUUGUUUCGUCUGUUGCUGGAUAUCUCCCGAAUUGCGGGGUGGAGUUUAUGGGAGCUUACGCUCUGAGCAAAACAGCUCUUCUAGGAUUAACCAAGUUAAUGGCAAUGGAAUUGGGCCCCAGGAGAAUUCGAGUCAAUUGCAUUUGCCCAGGACUCAUUGAAACACGUUUCGGCGAUGUGAUCACUGGCGAUAAGAGAACACCUAAAAUCAUGCGUGAUAAUUGCCCCAUGCAAAGAAACGGUAGACCAGAAGAGUUGGCGGGUCUGGCUUCAUUUUUAGCUUCCGACGACUCGUCGUACAUCACUGGAGAAAAUAUUGUAGCUGCCGGAGGAAUCCAGUCUUCGUUCUAAACUUCCCAUUACCUUCACGAAACGUUUCGCCACUCCUUAAUUUUUGUUUUCUUUAUACAAGGCAAUAUUUUACAGCCAGUUUUCAUAGAAACACUUGCUGAUUAAUGUUCAAGCAAUUUUGUCGAUCGCGCCAAAAUGAUCUCCGUUUCAACCUUUUUGGCAAUCCAUUUAAAUUUUUCUUCUUGGCAGUUUCAACUUUCAAUAGAUGUUGAUUCGGCUUUUUCUUUUCCCUCCACAAUUUUUCUUUUUCUCCAAGACUCCAACUUUCCCAAACCCAACUGAUAACGUUUUUGACAAAAGAAAGCUUAUCAGCUUUUGUUUGUUUUGUUAAAAUUGAUAUGUUAAGAUGUUUUUUUUUUCGGUUAGAUAACAAUAUACUUAUUUAUACUAA